UCUCAGCGCCCUCGAUAAAUACGAGACGGCGGACCCCGAAUCAUUUAGUUCAAAGUGAACGUUGAAUCAUAAUUGACGUACUUCUGAAGCGUUCUGAUUAUUUAGUGCAGUUUCUGUUCGCAUUUAAUAGUGUUAUUAUAAAUAAUUUUGGUAACAGAUAAAUCAUGCAGAUCUUUGUGAAAACCCUCACGGGGAAAACGAUCACCCUCGAGGUUGAGGCUUCCGACACCAUUGAGAACGUCAAGGCAAAGAUCCAGGACAAAGAGGGAAUCCCUCCGGAUCAGCAGAGGUUGAUUUUUGCAGGAAAACAAUUGGAAGACGGCCGCACCCUUUCGGACUACAACAUCCAAAAGGAAUCCACCCUUCACUUGGUGCUCAGACUUCGCGGAGGCAUGCAGAUCUUCGUAAAGACCUUGACCGGCAAGACCAUCACUCUCGAUGUCGAAGCUUCCGAUACGAUCGAAAAUGUCAAGGCUAAGAUCCAGGACAAGGAGGGAAUCCCACCAGACCAGCAGAGACUGAUCUUUGCCGGAAAGCAAUUGGAAGAUGGCCGCACCCUUUCGGACUACAACAUCCAGAAAGAAUCCACCCUUCAUUUGGUCCUCCGUCUCCGCGGUGGAAUGCAGAUCUUCGUUAAGACAUUGACGGGCAAAACUAUUACUCUGGAAGUAGAGGCCUCUGACACGAUCGAAAAUGUGAAAGCUAAAAUUCAGGACAAAGAAGGAAUCCCGCCAGAUCAGCAGCGUCUUAUCUUUGCCGGCAAACAGCUGGAGGAUGGUCGCACGUUGUCGGACUACAAUAUUCAGAAGGAAUCCACUCUGCACUUGGUUCUUCGACUUCGUGGAGGCAUGCAAAUAUUCGUAAAGACCUUGACCGGAAAGACAAUUACCUUGGAAGUCGAAGCCUCCGAUACUAUUGAAAAUGUCAAGGCUAAAAUUCAGGACAAAGAAGGAAUCCCACCAGAUCAACAGCGUCUUAUCUUUGCCGGUAAACAAUUGGAGGAUGGCCGUACCUUGUCCGACUACAACAUCCAAAAGGAAUCUACUCUCCACUUGGUUCUUCGUCUACGUGGUGGAAUGCAAAUUUUUGUCAAAACUCUUACCGGUAAAACAAUCACCUUGGAAGUCGAGGCCUCCGACACCAUUGAAAACGUCAAGGCAAAGAUUCAGGAUAAAGAAGGCAUCCCCCCAGACCAACAAAGAUUAAUUUUUGCCGGCAAACAGUUGGAAGAUGGUCGCACCUUGUCUGACUACAAUAUCCAGAAGGAAUCUACUCUUCAUUUAGUUCUCCGUCUGCGUGGAGGUAUGCAGAUUUUUGUGAAGACUUUAACCGGUAAAACCAUCACCUUGGAAGUCGAGGCCUCCGACACCAUCGAAAACGUCAAAGCAAAAAUCCAGGACAAAGAGGGAAUUCCACCAGACCAGCAGAGAUUGAUCUUUGCCGGUAAACAGUUGGAAGAUGGUCGCACCUUGUCCGACUACAAUAUUCAAAAGGAAUCUACUCUUCACUUGGUUCUCCGUCUCCGUGGGGGUAUGCAAAUUUUUGUGAAAACUUUAACUGGUAAGACCAUCACCUUGGAAGUCGAGGCUUCUGACACCAUCGAGAAUGUGAAGGCGAAGAUUCAGGAUAAAGAAGGAAUCCCCCCAGACCAACAAAGAUUAAUCUUCGCGGGUAAACAGUUGGAAGAUGGUCGCACCUUGUCCGACUAUAAUAUUCAGAAGGAAUCCACCUUGCAUUUGGUUCUUCGUCUCCGUGGAGGUAUGCAGAUCUUCGUCAAAACUUUAACUGGUAAGACCAUCACCUUGGAAGUCGAGGCUUCUGACACCAUCGAGAAUGUGAAGGCGAAGAUUCAGGAUAAAGAAGGAAUCCCCCCAGACCAACAAAGAUUAAUCUUCGCGGGUAAACAGUUGGAAGAUGGUCGCACCUUGUCCGACUAUAACAUUCAGAAGGAAUCCACCUUGCAUUUGGUUCUUCGUCUCCGUGGAGGUAUGCAGAUCUUCGUCAAAACUUUAACCGGCAAAACCAUCACCUUGGAAGUCGAGGCCUCCGACACAAUCGAAAAUGUGAAGGCAAAGAUUCAAGACAAAGAGGGAAUUCCACCAGACCAGCAGAGAUUGAUUUUUGCUGGCAAACAACUAGAAGAUGGGCGCACCUUGUCCGAUUACAACAUUCAAAAGGAAUCCACCUUGCACUUAGUUCUCCGUCUCCGUGGAGGUAUGCAAAUUUUUGUCAAAACUUUGACCGGUAAAACCAUCACCCUGGAGGUUGAAGCAUCCGACACCAUUGAGAACGUGAAAGCGAAGAUCCAGGACAAAGAGGGGAUUCCACCAGACCAACAGCGAUUAAUUUUCGCCGGUAAGCAGUUGGAAGAUGGUCGCACCUUGUCCGACUAUAAUAUUCAAAAGGAAUCUACCCUCCACUUGGUUCUCCGUCUCCGCGGAGGUAUGCAAAUCUUUGUCAAGACUCUGACCGGCAAAACCAUCACCCUGGAAGUCGAAGCAUCUGAUACUAUCGAGAAUGUGAAGGCUAAAAUCCAAGACAAAGAGGGAAUUCCACCAGACCAACAGCGUCUCAUCUUCGCCGGUAAACAGCUGGAGGAUGGACGUACCCUCUCCGACUACAACAUCCAGAAAGAAUCGACCCUUCACUUGGUUCUUCGUCUCCGUGGAGGCAUGCAAAUCUUCGUAAAGACUUUGACCGGUAAAACCAUCACCCUGGAGGUUGAAGCAUCCGACACCAUCGAGAACGUGAAAGCAAAGAUCCAGGACAAGGAGGGAAUCCCACCAGACCAGCAAAGAUUGAUCUUCGCCGGAAAGCAAUUGGAAGAUGGGCGUACCUUGUCGGACUACAACAUUCAGAAGGAAUCCACACUCCAUCUUGUCCUCAGACUGCGAGGUGGUAUGCAAAUCUUCGUCAAAACCCUAACUGGCAAAACCAUCACCCUGGAGGUUGAAGCAUCCGACACCAUCGAGAACGUGAAAGCAAAGAUCCAGGACAAGGAGGGAAUCCCACCAGACCAGCAAAGAUUGAUCUUCGCCGGAAAGCAAUUGGAAGAUGGGCGUACCUUGUCGGACUACAACAUUCAGAAGGAAUCCACACUCCAUCUUGUCCUCAGACUGCGAGGUGGUAUGCAAAUCUUUGUCAAAACCCUAACUGGCAAAACCAUCACCCUGGAAGUUGAAGCAUCGGACACCAUUGAAAAUGUGAAAGCUAAAAUUCAGGACAAAGAAGGAAUUCCGCCAGACCAACAGCGUCUCAUCUUCGCCGGCAAACAGCUGGAGGAUGGUCGCACCCUGUCCGACUACAACAUCCAGAAAGAAUCAACCCUCCAUUUGGUUCUGCGGCUCCGAGGUGGUUGCCACUAAGGUCGAGACGACGAAUUCUAUAUCUGAUCUCGCUGAUGAGAUAUAAUGAAAAAUUGAUAGUAUUGAUAGCAUUACAUUAAAUCUUUUUUACUUUCUUUGAUAAUUAAUAGUGCUUUCACCAUGUUGUGAUAUUCAUUUAUGCUUAAUCAGCGAAUAAAGAGUUCAGUUUA